GGAGAGAGAAGAUGAGCCCCGAAGAUGGUCUGGCGGCUGGGCGGGGGUGAGCGGAGAGCCGGGCUUUGCUGACAGGUCGCAGCCGGGUCGACUUGAAGACCUUGAAACUUCGACCGUGGUGGGAUCGAGCAGGCGACGGUGCUCUGCGCUCAGGAUGUCUGGCUGGAACCGGGCUGUUCAAACUUCAGAAAACUCUGGAAUUGUGCCUUACGUGAAUGCAUCAGAGGAAGCGCGAAUCCUGAAUCAGCAGAAUGUGAAGCCCAGAGAUGAGCAGUAGCUACUGCAACAACGUGUCAGUGACCAUGAGCGUCAAUGAGGUGUCCAGUUUCCCGCUGACCCUGGAGCAGAAAACCGGUUUCGCCUUUGUGGGGAUCCUGUGUGUCUUUCUGGGACUUUUGAUCAUCAGAUGCUUCAAAAUCUUAUUGGAUCCCUACAGCAGUAUGCCUUCCUCCACCUGGGAGGGCGAAGUCGAAGGCCUCGAUAAAGGGACAUUUGAAUAUGCUCUUGCAUGAAGCAAAAUCCUCAAAACGUGUCCUGCCUUAAUUCCGAUAUUUUUUUUUUCCUGAAGCGGUGGAAUUCGAAACAUUUGUAAUUGACAGCCAUGUUUGUGGCGGUAGCCUUUUUUUGGUUAAAUAAAGCUUUAUGGCAGACUCAAUGAAACCACUUA